CGCACCUUUCCUCAGUCAAGAGAUCACAUUUGCAACUCUCCAGCUGUCUCUCGUCGGCGUCACAAGCCGACGAAGCUACUAACAGCUGUUUCUCCUCUUUUUUGGAUACUUGUCUCUCUGUUUCUCUCUAAUUCCUUCCAUCUUUUUCCUCACCGUGUCACUGACACCGUAUUCAGUUUGACCCUCUUUGCCAGGAAAAGUGAGAGAGAGCGAGAGGGAGAGAAAUGCCAUCACCACAGCAGGGUCUUCAGCUGCCACACAAGUAGACUCACACAAGUGUUGAGAGAAUGAGAGAGAGAGCUAGAAAAGGCCAAAAGGAGGUGAGAGGAAGCAAAUGCGAGAAGAGGAAACAAGAGGAGGCGGAGACGCACAGCUGAAGAAUGUACAGCUUGGGGUCGGGCUCGGAUGCAUCUAGCCGGCACAGGCUCUAGGAGGCUGAAAUGGCCACUCCUCGAGGGUUUUGUGGUCCCUCUCUUCAGCCCAUACUCUUCUUUCAUCUAUUACUCAAUGUAGUGCCUCCCUGCCAGGGACGUCCAUUCUUCGGCCCUCCUUCAGUCAACGUGGCUGUGGUUUUCAGUGGUUUGGCCCACCACAGUGAGAUCAAGGGCCGUCUGAGUCCAGAAAACUUCCUAGACAUGCCCCUGGAAGUGAACCCCAUCACGGUGCUGGUGAAUGACACUAACCCCAGGGCUUUACUCACACGUCUCUGUCAGACUAUGGCAGCAGAGAACCUCCACGGAGUGGUGUUCGAAGAUGAUGUGGACUCAGAAGCUGUGGCACAAAUCCUAGACUUUAUCUCUUCUCAGACGUCCAUCCCCAUCAUAGGCAUCAGUGGAGGUUCUGCAGUAGUCAUCACACAUAAAGCUGAAGGCUCUACCUUUCUCCAGAUGGGAGCUUCUAUAGAGCAGCAGAUAAAUGCAAUGUUCAAAGUGAUGGAGGAGUACAACUGGGGUAGUUUUGUAGUGAUCACCAGCUUGUAUCCUGGCUACGAGAACUUUGUGGACUACAUCCGCUCCUUCACGGACACCAGUUACUUCCUGUGGGAGCUUCAGGACGUGCUGAGCUUCGAGAUGUCCGUGGGGGCCAAUGACAUCCGCACACGUAGACUACUACAGCAGGUGAACUCGCAAGUGUAUCUAGUGUACUCUUCCCAUGAGGAGGCACAGUACUUGUUCAGAAUGGCCUCUGAUGUAGGGCUUCUAGGCCCCGGAUACAUCUGGAUCAUCCCCAGCCUGGCUGUGGGGAACCCUGAAGUGUCCCCUCCUGACAGUUUCCCAGUGGGCGUCAUUAGUAUUAUCACAGACCGCUGGAGGAAAACACUACGCCAGAGGGUUCGAGAAGGAGUCUCAGUCAUAGUAAAAGGGGUGCACAGUUUCCACAAGUACAGAGGAUUCAUUCCCGAGGGUCACAGUGACUGCAAUAGUCCGGUCAAAUCAUACACCAACAAUUCUCUCUUCAGACAUAUGCUAAAUGUGUCAUGGGAGCAUAAGGACCUCUCCUUCAAUGCUGAUGGCUAUCUCACUAAACCUUCCAUGGUGAUCAUUGCUUUGGAUCGAGAGAGACAUUGGGACAAGGUAGGAAAUUUUGAGGGAGGGAUUCUGCAGAUGCGAUACCCUGUAUGGCCCCGUUAUGGAAGCUUCCUGGAGCCCGUGUCUGACAACCGCCACCUGACUGUAGCCACGUUGGAGGAGAGGCCUUUUGUCAUCGUGGAGAGUGUUGAUCCUGCCACGGGCACUUGUGUGCGCAAUACCGUGCCGUGUCGUCGGCAGUCCAACAGGACUGAAAGUGUAACGGGACACACUGAGCCUUACACCAAACUCUGCUGCAAAGGUUUCUGCAUAGACAUCCUAAAGAAGCUCUCACGCACAAUCAAGUUUUCAUACGACCUUUAUCUGGUCACCAAUGGGAAACAUGGCAAGAUGGUCCGUGGCGUCUGGAAUGGGAUGAUUGGAGAGGUCUUCUACAAGCGUGCAGAUAUGGCAAUUGGCUCUCUUACCAUCAAUGAGGAGCGAUCGGAGAUUGUUGACUUUUCAGUGCCGUUCGUGGAGACUGGGAUUAGUGUUAUGGUGGCCAGAAGCAAUGGAACAGUCUCACCCUCUGCCUUCCUGGAGCCUUACAGUCCAGCCGUGUGGGUUAUGAUGUUUGUAAUGUGCCUGACUGUUGUGGCAAUCACCGUGUUCGUGUUUGAGUACUUCAGCCCUGUUGGGUACAACCGGAGCCUUGUCAGUGCCAAAGCCCCGGGGGGUCCAACCUUCACCAUUGGGAAGUCUGUCUGGCUCCUGUGGGGAAUCGUCUUCAAUAACUCUGUUCCUAUUGAAAACCCCAAAGGCACGACCAGCAAAAUUAUGGUCCUUGUCUGGGCUUUUUUUGCUGUCAUCUUCCUCGCCAGCUACACAGCCAAUUUAGCUGCCUUCAUGAUCCAAGAGCAGUACAUUGACACUGUGUCUGGACUUAGUGACAAAAAGUUUCAAAAACCCCAGGAACAUUAUCCUCCUUUUCGCUUCGGGACGGUCCCAAAUGGCAGCACAGAGAGAAAUAUUCGGAGCAAUUACCCUGACAUGCACACCCACAUGAUAAAAUACAACCAAAAGGGAGUAGAGGAAGCUCUCAACAGCCUUAAGACAGGGAAGUUGGACGCCUUCAUAUAUGAUGCAGCAGUUCUUAAUUAUAUGGCUGGCAAGGACGAGGGCUGCAAGCUGGUCACCAUUGGUAGUGGGAAGGUGUUUGCUACCACAGGCUACGGCAUUGCUCUGCAGAAGGACUCCCGCUGGAAGCGCCCCAUAGACCUAGCCCUCCUCCAGUUCCUGGGAGAUGGGGACACACAGAGACUGGAGACAGUAUGGCUGUCUGGAAUAUGCCAGAAUGAGAAAAAUGAGGUCAUGAGCUCCAAACUAGACAUAGACAACAUGGCAGGUGUUUUCUACAUGUUGCUCGUGGCUAUGGGUCUCAGUCUGCUGGUCUUCGCUUGGGAACAUUUACUUUACUGGAAACUGAGGCACUCUGUCCACAAGUCUGAUCAUUUAGACUUCCUUCUGGCCAUUAGCAGGGGCGUAUACAGCUGCUUUAAUGGUGUUGAAGAUAUUGGCAGAUCUACCAGCAUACAAAAUCCAGAUAUCACGGCCAAUUACGCCCAGGCCAACAUGCUGAAAAUGCUGCAGACAGCUAAGGACAUUGUCUCCUCAGCCAAAGUGGAAAACUCAUUGGAUAAUGCUACCAAGACCAUUGAGAACUGGAGAAGACACAGCGGCAGCCUGCCAGCACGUAUCCCACUGGUGACCACAACUGAAAAAGUUCCUGGUCACUUCUCUUAUAUCACUAACCUCACAGAGAACCACAUACCUCACAUGCAGCGUUCCAUAACUCCACCUUUCACGCAACACAUCAAAACCACUAGCCCACCACCAAUGGUAAACCACAGAGUCUUAACACGGCCCACUCCUCUUCGCUACACCCUUCCCCCCAGGACUAGGGGUCUCUAUGACGGUAUGCUUCCAGUAUCCAGUCUGAGCACACCUCAUCUAGCCAUGCAUGAACCUCCAUCCGACCUUGCAUCUUCCUUUGUUCCAUAUAGGGACUUCUACUCUGAACACCAUAAGCCUUGUCACAGCGAUUUUUCAGAUGCCAUCAAGCGAAAAAAGAGACCCCAGAAUCUCAUGGUGGAGUCCAUGGAUCUGAGAGGGCUUCACGAUUAUAAAGACCAAUCAACGUGUCAUAACGAUGCAAACAGUUUUGCUGAAAACCACAUAUCCUCAUCCUACAGCGAAAAUCCUUUCGUAGUAGCAGACACAGCUUGUAAUCCCUGUUUCAAAACGUACUUUGACUCCGCAUUCGAUGAUAUACCUUUGAUAGGGAAAAGGAAGCUUCAUCGCAGACCUUCAUUCCUGAAAGCCACUUGGGGCCCCGACAGAGUCCGGUUACCAGGUGACGGACCCACCGCGACAGCUUCCCCACAAGUAACUAUACCUGACCUGUUCCCUUGUGUGGAUGUACAUGGACGGGUGAGGAACACCCUGUGUUACAGCCAACCGAUGGAUCACAACUACCUUCAUGCUGUCCGGCGAAACUCCAGGAAAAGUCCGAAGUUCAGACACAGUCAGUCCACAAGGCUUCCCUCCUACAAGGAGGCAAUUUUCCACAACAUGGCAGCUGUCAGAAGGGCAUCCACUUUGGUACACAGACCCUACUCCUACCCAGAGCUGCCAGUCUACCAGAGCCCACUGUCAUAUGGACCUGCCGAAUUAUGCAACAUCUUUCCCUGCAUGGGACAUCCCAGUGACAGUGUAUAUGGAGGGUAUAGGGCGCCCACACACCUACACGAUGACCAUCUAGUGCCUGUUCCAGGCAGCAGGUUGGUUCAUAGCAGUCCUGUUGUGCCCAUGACAUGGGGCAGAAUUUCCAGUUUGGAAUCAGAGGUGUGAACUUAUCGUUCCAUGUGCCAAUUAUGAACUAUUUGCCCUAUGAGUUUCUAUUGACCAAUAAAAUGACUUUGCCUUUAAAUAAAGCAGAACGACACAAAUCAUGUUAAUAUAUUUCCUUGGUUUUUUAAUUAUUAAUUUAAAAUUAAUUGAAUAUUUUUUACUUUUUGUAAGUGCAAUAAUGUAAUAAUUAAGGGAAGUAUUUAAAGAAAUAGUCAAAUCCAUUCAGAAUUUUGAAUGAAGGAACAAAUGAAUGGACAUGUAGAAUUGUAAAUUAUUAUCCGUUCUUAUCUCUUUAGUCCACAAAAUGCAAUAUAUUGCUUAUAUGUAUUGGACUGGAUGAAAGUUUUUUUUUUCUUCAAAGACUGUCAUAGAGAACUCAAACUGUGACACUAAACUAUAUGAAGUGUUCAUUUUGAAAUAUAUUUGGUAUUAUAUUAUAUUAUAUAUGUAAUUCUCUAUGAUGCUGAAUUUUGUAAACACUUUAGACAUAUUGACCAAUAUUUAUUAUUUUAACAGCAGGGCUAUAUAAGUGGAUUUUCAGGCUCUUUCAUUCCCUUUCUGUCUCUUGUUCAAUAUCCAAUCUCCUCUCUCUCUCUCUCUCUCUCUCUCUCUCUCUCUCUCCCUCUCUGCUGUAAGCGGGUUUUUGAAGAAGAGCAAAUUAAAUGGUACUCCAAUAUUAGCCUCAUCAAGGAUCUUCACACUUUAAUAGAUCACAAAGGAUCAUCAGUUAGUCUUUUGUAACUGCUGUCUUCUUUGGAUGGCUGAUGGAUAUAACUCUUUGAACACUGGCUUUUAUAUGCAGAGCCAUGUCGUAAUUCUAACAGGGAUUGGUUGUUUGCAGUUGUGACACUACAGAAAGAUGCAUUACUUUAAUAAUAUACAAAAAAAAAAGUCUGCUGCCUUUCACCCAUAAGAUUAGGUUUAGGGCAGUUUCGCUGUUGGACAACUGCUACAAGUCUGUUUGACCUGCAUACUGAACCUCACAUACCCACGAGGAAAUCUGUCUGUGCCUCAAAAUAAACUUGCCAUUCGCCAGAGUGUAAAAGAGCGAGAGAAGGAUGGCGCAAUGGAUAGAAAAGAAGAGAAACAACAAGGAAAUGAGAAACCACACUUCCUUCAGUUGGGAUUUAAGCUACAAUAUCCGAAUGUUUAUGAGCUCAUGAGGCUCAUUUGAGGUUGUCAUAAGAGUCUCAUUAAAGCAACUCUGUGGAGGUAUUAUACAGGAGGACGUGUUACCAAAAAGUGUCCUUUACUCUAGGAUUUCAUUAUGUUGGCUGUCUCCACUGCACGGCAUUCUCGUGAUGCCCAAGGUGACCUAGGCUGGGGCAAUUAUGCUGUAAGGCUUUUGUUAUCUCCUGAUAAGGAGCCUUCUUUUCAAGUGGCGAGCGAGGAGCAUUUGAGAAUCGAAACAUUGAGAAACUUAAUUUUUCAUCACAAUCUUUUCUUUGUUAUUGCCACAUUACAGUUCAUAGUGUGACAGCAGUGAUUUAAUCUACAAUACUUCCAGCAUGCACAGAUAUAUUUAUGUGCAACAGGAUUAUUUUACUUCUUUAAUAAUGUUUAUGCCAGUUCCGUAAAAUCUAAAAGAGGCCUGCUGCAGAAUGAAAUACAUUUCAUUUUCAUAAAAAAAACAGGCACAAGGAAAAGCAGGCUAAAGUCAUAAUCAACAUCAUCAUCAUCAUCAUCAUCAUCAUCAUCAUCCCAGCAAAGUCUUAUUUCUCAGUGUUCCUGAAAAGCAUAUUAUUGAAUUAUCCUGAGUUGAUAAAUGAUUCAAUACAUGCAUAUAAAAUAUCAAGGGAGGCUAGGGAUCGCCCUGUUGGUAGAAAUAAGCAGCAAUAUAUCAAGGCCACAGGUAGCUGUGUUGAAAAAUUCAAUGCAUUUAAAAGUCAAGAGGGCUUGGUCUCAUUCAGCCAUGAAAAAGAUGCAAUGGAAUGACUAGGCAGACAUGUGUUUUUGGAACAUUAAUAUUUCAUGUUCAUUUGAAUAGGUUUCAUAAUUUCAAGAAUUUGCUUGCCAUACAGCCCCCUUGGAAUCACCCAGGGCAUCCAUUUCCACUGAAGUGAUGAUACGGGUUAUAUUUUUAUGAUUUUGUCAUAGACACUACACAAAAAAAUAAAAAAUAAUAGUGAAACAUUUUCACUCAGAAUUAGCAAAUAAAUUUUGCUAAUUCAAAUUCAAAUUAUUAGGGAUGUAACUAUUAACCGCAAGUUGGUUAAAAAUCGAUUCAAAUAUGUGACGAUUCAAAUCGGUCGACCAAUCGUGAUUCAAUUAGAUGUAGGAGUUUAUAUGAAUAUAUGCCUGAGGGGAGCUUUCUGUCUUUAGAAAACUUAAGAUGAUUUUUUUUUCAUCUUGCCCCUGUAUAAUGCAUAUUAAAGUUCAUAAGUGCUGCACUGCUUUGUUUACAGCAGAAACCAAGGAAACGCUUUAAGCGCCACCUGCUGUCUCAGUCAGCUCUCGCUGUUUCAUGCAGAUAUUUUAUUUAUAGUUUCACAAAACUGAAAUCAUUCUGUUUUUGCUUUAAAUUUUGAAAUUAUAUAUAUAUAUAUUUUUUUUAAAUGCAUGCAUGCAGCAUCUUUAUUUCCAUUAAAAUGCAGUUUUUGCCUCUAAUUUUAAAUGGAAAGACCACAGACAAAGCCUUAUUUUGUUUAUAUGAAGAGGCUUUCUUUUGUGUUAAUAUUUAUUAGAUUUUUUUCUUGUUAUUUACAUUUACAUUAUAUUUCAAUUUUGUUAUUUAGCAGAUGCUUUUAUUGAACGCAACUUACAAAUGAGGACAAUAGAAGCAAUCAAAACCAACAAAAGAGCAAUAAUAUCCAAGUGCUAUAUUAGUAUAAUAUUAUAGUGUUAUAUUUCAAUUUCACAAAGAAACAUGCAGCAUUUUGUAUAAGCAAUGAUAAAAGGACACAUUUAAUUUAUAAUUUGUCUUAAAUCUCAUUUUGUAAAAAAAAAAAAAAAAAGUGAUUUAAAAGGGUCAUAUGAUGUUUUUUUUUAAAAGAUCAUUAUUUUGUGUAUUUGGUGUAACAGAAUGUAAUAAUGUUUUAAUGUUCAAAAAACACAUUAUUUUUCAAAUACUGUACAUUAUAGUAGGCCCUCUAUGCCCCACCUCUCUCAAAUACAUAGUUUUCAACAAAGUCCUUCCUUCCGAUAAGCAUAGUCUGCUCUGAUUGGCCAACUGACCCAGUGCAUUGUUAUUGGCCGAAGAGCGCAAGCACUCGUCAGAAAUGCAACACCCCUUUCCAUAGUUUGCGAGCUUCAUCUUUCAAAAUAAAUGUAAAGACUGUUAAUAAUGUCCAUAGUUUUACCAUAGGUUCAAGCCUGAAAGGGGAACAGAGUCGCGUGUCACAGUGAUGAAGCUUGUAUGUGUUUGCAGUACACAAGCAACUGAUGGUUAAGACAGCUGUCACUGUGUGACCCUGUCUCUUUCUCUCUCACACACACACACACACAGAACACACACACUCACACGCAGUAAUCACAGUAGCUGAUUCAGAAGCACCAGAUUGUUGUAGCAAUGUCAGAAUGACCUCCUCUCCUAGGUUCAUGAAACAGUCGUCCAUAAAAUAUGUUGCUGUUCUGUUGUAAGUAAUCUUAAAGAUUCCUAAAUCCACCUACUUUCUGAAGGCCAAAUAAAGAGCUUUUGUUUCUGCCUAGAUACACACAGGAUCUCCCUGACAUGGCUGCUUCAACACUAACUGUGUGCGUUUACUAAAAUCAUGCCUUCUUUCUUUGAGUGAACAUUUGGGCGCCAUUACCCAAAUAUUUCCAAAUAGUGACGUAGACGUGGGGUGUGUUUAAAUUAGCCAUUUUUGGAGGGCGUGGCAGAGUCUUAACUUUGAUAAAGAAUAUCUCUUUGGAUUUGAGACUUUAGUCUGCAUCAAGAGCUUGUAACACUCUAAAGCGAAAGAAAAUUUGGAAAUGGCAUCAUAUGACCCCUUUAACUGAAUCCUUACAUCCCUACAAUUAAUUACAAGGAAACAUCAAGUAACACAUUGGAUUAAAGAAAUAGUUUACCCAAAAAUGAUAAUCAGGUCUUCAAAGAUGUUUGAUACUUGAUGUUUCUUCAUUGGAACAGAUAACUUUAUAUUUUAUAUUUAUAUUAAUUUGCUCUGAUUUAAACAUCACAACAAUCCACUAAUAAUCAAAACAUUUUCAGUGAAGUGAUAAUAUAAUUAAUAUGUUUUGACUUUAAACAUUUGCUUCUGACUAAAAUAUGUCUUCUAUCCAUAAUAUUGCAUUCUCUUGUGAAAAAAGCACAUCCCCUUUUGUCCUCUCACAACAAAUUCCUCUGACGUAUUUGUUUGUUUUGGACAGUUUUUGCUUGUAAAUGUUGCUUGAUCUUUGCAUGUUUCUCUCCUGAUUCAGACGAGAUGUCUUGAGCGAGAAAUAGUUUGGGUAGAGCACUCAUAUUUUGGUCUGAAGGAACAGUAAGUUAAAAAUGUCUUAAUUGUUGAUUUGUUUAAUGCAAACAUAAUGAUUUUUGCUUCACAAGACUGGAAAAUAAUAAUUACUUGUGGAUUAUUACGAUGUUUUUCAUCUGCUGUUUGGACUCUUAUUCUGACGGCACCUAUUCACUGCAGUGGAUCUUUAGGUGAGCAAGUGAUCUUAUGUUCACCGUGAUGUAGUUGGAUCAUCAAUUAAUUUUUCUCCUUGGGUAAGCGAUUUCUUUAAAUGUGAUAUUUGAAGUAGGGAGACUGAAAUAGUAUUUCAGUAAUUUUUUUUUACAAUGUAUUAAAACUGUGCCAUUAUUGCAAUAAAGAGAAUCAAAGGAAAGGACUGGAGAGAAGGAAGGAAAUGCAGACAUUUACAGAGACACAAUAAAACAAUUACUCACACCUGUGCUGUCAUGCCUUCAUAUCAUUGUAUUUCGGUGAAGCAUCAUUUCGAAGCUGCAAAUUAUCCCAGAUGCUGCUGGUCACCUUGAGCCAAGGGCUUCACACCCUGGCAGGAGAGGGGAAAGGCGAUGGAGAAAGACACCACAGAGAGGCUGGCAGUCUGAAAUUCCAUCAAUUAACAACUGGACAGGCUAAUAAACAUGUUAACUCGCUAACUGCAAACAACAAUAAACAACUGAAUAUAUAUAUAUAUAUAUGUUUUUAUAUUCUGUAUUCUCUUGCAAGGCUAUUGGUGCGGUACUCAGUGUGGUUACAACAUGAACGAAUGUAGGUUAAUGUAGGUUAACACGCAAUCACAAGUACAUUGUCUGCACUGAGCAUAUCUAAAUCAAAUGAGGUGAUUUUAUCAAGUUGCUAGUGCAAUUGUUAAUUAACCUAUAAGCAUUAUGUGUACUAUACUGUUCUGUCUAUUUUAUCUUAUCGAAGAGUAGGAAUCCAGGGUCUGUUCUAAUCUAUCAAAUCUAUAAUUGAAGCGCUGUAACUAAAUGUUGCACAUUACAGAUGAUUCAUCAAAAUAUAUAUAUUGUUAUUAAUGUGAAUCACUACUUGGAAAUGGGUUCCGAUGGUAUAUAAUCAGGAUUUGUUUUUUGGCAUUCAAUGUAUAGAUGAACUGGUUGUGUUGUUUUAAAAGUUUACAUGUGUCAAUUUUAAUUGGGUCUAGCUUUACAAAUGUUUUGUCUUCUGACUGUCAUUUCAUAGUAAUGGAGAGACCUAGUGCUCACUGUUUUAAUUAAAGGAACCCUGUGCUGUGUGAAGUAACAGUUCCCAGCCUUUGUACUUAUCAUCUUUUACAGCAUUCAUCUCUGCUCAAAGGGAUCUCAUGAUACGACAGCGGGUCACAAGCACUCAUUUCUUACCGACCUGAUUCGCUGUCCUCCUGAGCCUUCAGCCCAAGCUCAUGGGAGAGGUUGUGGGGUUAUUUAGCUUUGGUUAAACGUCUCUUUUGAGAUCGCUCCACUGAAUCAAAGGUACGCGACACUGGCUAAUUAUUUGAAAGCGUUGUUUGAAUGACAGCUCUGUGAUAAUAAAGCAAUGUUCUUGUCAUAA